AUGUCUGAAACCCCAGCCAGCCAUCGAAUGCCCGCCGAGUUGCUCCUCGAAGUCGCCAAGUGGAUGGACAAUCAAACGCUGCUCCGGCUUUCCCGCACCUGCACAAGCUUCAAGGGUGAAUUCAGGGACCAGCUACGGAAAAGAGCCAUCGAGUAUGCCGUGCCCACGCUCAACCCGAGCUAUUGGAGGCAUGAGUCGGUCAACGCCGCCCGGCAAUCGCAGGGCCGGAGCGACGAGAUCUCCGCCAGCACCCGCUCCACCCUCGCCCGCUUGUACAGCGACGUGAUCUGGGAGGGCUUGCGGCCUGAAUACGCGGCCUUUCUGCCGCGCCAGCCCCUCUACGACGCCAUCCGGCGGAGCCAAUACGAUACCGUCGAUCGGCUGCUGCGUGGCGGCGGCGUGGAGGUUGCCAAUGGCCAGAACUUCUGGGACGAGCCAAUGCUGCACAUCGCCGUGGGGCUCGGGCGCGUAGAGGCCGUUCGCCUGCUCCUGCAGCACGGGGCAGACCCCAACGUCGAAGAUAAGGAGCAAAUGCGGGCCCUGGACAUAACACCGCCGCGGUGCGCGCACGCGGCGAUCUACCGCCUACUCGUGGACGCCGGGGGUGUUCCCAGUUCUCUGCACAUGUUUGGGAUGUAUGUUUUAAACCUCAAGGGCGGGGCGUGCCUCUUGCUCGACGUGAUCGAGAAUGUACGAGGCACAGGCCGCUACGAGCCCCAGUGGUGGGUGAUCCUCGUCAGCGCCAUUCACGGCGAGUACCGGAACUUCCUGGAGGAGAUCUUUGAUCAUCGACCCGAGCUGUUGCAGCUCUCGCGCGAGGACCUCGUCCAGCAGAAGGUCACACUGUUUGAUAUAGCUGUCAAGCUCGCCCGGUUUCGGAUCGCCGCGCUUCUCGUGCAAAAGGGGGUCCCUCUGCACGACGCGCCGGCGGAUUACUAUUUCAACGACGGCAAGAUGAGACGCAUCCAUGUUCCAUAUAGGGAAGUGUGGAAGGCGUUGUUUACCCGGGCUCCGGGGGUGCUGCUAGACCCUCUGCUCGAGCGUCCAGAGCUGCACGACUACGAAUUCAAGGACGCCAUUCGUGAGAGAGCGAUUGAGUUGAAUGGACUUGGCUCAUCUGUUCAAACCACCAGGAUGUAG